CUGAAUGGUAAUGUGUGCAAGAGCAUAGGAAAUGGACGUGGGACCCGUAUCUGGGGUGAUCAUUGGCUGGCUGAUAUUCCGGGCUGUCCUGGCCUCUACUCUCUGGUCAAUAUGGAAGAGCAGAAACAGGUUCUUAUAUCAAAAUGUCACCAUUGAUCCUGUCUUUACCUUUAAACAAGCAGAGGAGUUGAUUCAGGAAUACUGGACUGCUAAAGGCUGGAAUAAUGCUACGGAUGCUAUUAAUGAGGGGGCUGAAAAGAAGAGUGAAGACAAAGCAAACUGGAGUUUGCCACAUGAUAAUGCUCUCAAAAUUAAUGUGGACUGUGCACUAACACCAGAUGAAGCUAUUGCUGCUAUAGCUUUUGUUGUCCGUGAUUCUAAUGGAUGGGUGUUAGAUGGAGCUUCUAGAAUAAUUGCUGCUGAUUCAAGUUUGAUGGCUAAAGGUGCUGCACUACAGUUGGCAAUGAAUUAUGCAUAUGAGAAUGACCUUGAUGAGGUGAUAUUCGAAUCAGACAACCAAAAUCUGAUUAACUGCUUGAACAACAAUGCCCCUAGUCCAGGUUGGAGGAACUAUGUUAUCCUUGAGAAUCUACAAUUCUCAAGGAAUCGUCUAAGGAGCCACUCGUGUAGCUGGAUCCCGAAAGAGGCAAAUUCUGUUGCUGAUUGGGUAGCUAGAGCCUCUUUGGCUGGGUCUUGCCCGACUGAUUGGGUAAUGAGACCGCCACCUCUUUUGCGUAAACUUAUAGAAUCUGAUUUAUGCAAAGCCAAAACUAAUGUAGGGUGA